AUGCGAUGCGCGAGCAAGGCCGCCGAGAGCGCGUCCGCACGUCUCUGUGCGGACGCCGAAGCAGAAACCACAGCAACUGAUGUCUCAUCGGUUGCUGAAGCGACUCAGCCUGUGUCACCUGGUGAUGCAGGCGCUGGUCAUGAAGACACUCAUGUCUUCACAGAGUACGAGCUCGGUGUCUCGUACUCUCCUGAUACGGAUGACGGAUCCGUAUCGACGGCGAUUGAAUCUAAGCCGCCUGCCAAGCGUGGCAUGGAUGAUGCUAUGCGUCGUAGCAUUUUUGGUUCAUCUGAUGAAUCAGAUGAACCAUCGCCGAAGCGAAGGCGCUCGAGGUCGCGAGACUCGGGCGCUAACAGUGGUGUCAGUUCUCCUAUUGACACCACUUCACAGCGAGGUGCCAGUACUUCUGUCGGCACAUCGCAGGAAGAGCGGGACCGCAAUGUGUUGCGUCUCGCUCCUGAGAAGAAGGCAUGGAUGCCUCCAAAAUCCGUCAUGGAUCACUUGUCGGCGACGACGAGUGAUCGUUAUCGAACACGAUUGUUCGAUUCGUCAAGGAUCCAUCACCUUGACCCCAGCGCGAAAAACUAUCGCGCUGAACAUGAAUUCUUCCAUCAAUGCUUUCUUCAAACAUCGAUGGUACAGUGGGAAUCACAAACGUGA